CAGCCGCGUCUUAAAGUGAAUCUUUAGUGGCGGAGGAGCGCUCCAGCAUCCAGUCCUCUGCAUCCAGUGCGCCUCGGAGACGCACACACGCAGUCUCUCUCUCUCUCUCUCUCUCUCUCUUUGCACUCUCUCUAUGUCUCUCACUCUUUUAGUCACAGCAGAGGAUAGAGGGAGAGACCGACGCACAAGAGCUCUUUUCAUCUACUAUAUUUUUCCUAUUUUGUUCCUUUCGCUCGCGUCGCCGACUUUAUUCCAGCUCUUCCUUCUCUGAGAAAUUGUUAUAUCCCAGCAUCCAGCAAAUCCGCCGUGCUCUGCGUAUAUUCUCUCUUUUUUUUUUUCGCCGUAGGAGUUCAGGUUGUCCCCCUCUUCAUCUAAAGGGUACCCAGAGGCUUUGAUCCUAGAGGACUGGGUUUGUGGGAUAUGGCCCAAUAGCAGCAGCCCGUGAUGCCGGACCAUGACAGCGACUCCCUCCUGAACAGACAGACCAAGCGAAGACGUGUGGACAUUGGUGUUAAGAGGACCGUGGGCAGCACAGCCUCCUCCACAGCAGCAGCCACAACAGCAACCACUGAUAACAUUGCCCGCGCCAAAGCAGCCAUUUUCAGUGCCAUGAACUCUCUGAGCUCCCACUCUCACCACGGAUCAGACACCGACUCCAUGGAGUGCUCUGUAGUGCAGCCACAUGGUGGGCCUGGCGUUGUAUCAGCCAGUGACAGUGAGUCCAAGUCCAAUGUACUCCGAAAGCUACUGAAGAGGGCCAACUCAUACGAGGACACCAUGAUGCCCUUCCCUGGCACCACCAUUAUCUCCCAGCUUCUCAAGAAUAACAUGGCUAAAAAUGGAGGAGGACCCGAGAGGGGAGAAAGAGGGGACAGGGGUGAUAGAGGGGAUGCCGGCUUCCCUGGAUCAGGGCUCUCCAAUGCAAGUUCAGAUGCUCCCCAAGAGGAUGCCUGCAGUAACUCCUCCCAGGACAGCACCCCCCAAGAGUGCUUGUCACCGUUUGGUCGUCCUCCUGGCCUCGCCACCUUUGACAUCGAACGCCUCAAUGAUGAACACCUGCGUGCCAAGCGAGCCCGUGUAGAGAACAUUAUACGUGGUAUGAGCCACUCACCCAGUGUGGUGGUACCUGCUGCUUCUCGCCAUGAGCGUGACCAUGAGAUGGAUGGAGAAAGGGAGAUGGAACUAGACUGCCCACCCCCUCAGUCUCAGCAGCAGGCCCCCAGCAGCCCACGGGGAGGCGAGGUGUGCAGCAGUAGCAGCCGAGAGAACAAGCGUAAGCAGCGUCUGCCUCAGCAGCAACAGCAGAGCUUCACCCAGCUGGUGUGCCAGAGGAAAGAACAGAAGCAGGAGGAGCGACGGCAACUGAAGCUACAGCUGGAGGACAUGCAGAAACAGUUACGCCAGCUGCAGGAGAAGUUCUUUCAGAUCUAUGACUCAACCGAUGACUCAGAACACAAUGACCUCCACAAUGAACUCCACAAUGACAUAGGAAACAUGUCUGAGGACAGCCCAACUAGGUCUGAUACCGGUGGCGAUGACCGGGGUGGAGAUGACCUGCGCUCUGACAAUGAGAUGUCUGACCUGGACCCAGGCCAUUUCCUGGACAGGGCACGGGCAUUGCUUCAGGAGCAGGCCCUGCUGGCAGACAGAGAGAAGCCAAGAAGAGAGGGGCUUGGGCGGAGCAAAGCACAGGGAGGUCCAGGCUCCUCCAUGCAUGCUGAAGGUAAACAGCUGGCAGAAACACUGAAGCAGGAACUCAAUUCAGCCAUGACCCAGGUGGUGGACACAGUGGUUAAGGUGUUUGCCAAGCCUCCACGUCCUACACCCCAGCAGGCCUUCCCCCCACUUUCCAUACCUCCUGAAAGGUUUCCCACCGUUGUCAAUGGAGACAACCCCAACUUCCACACCGCCAAUCAGAGGCUGCAGUGCUUCGGUGAUGUCAUCAUUCCCAACCCACUAGACUCCUUUGCCAGCAUGCCCGGGAUGCCAGGUUCCACCAAUGACCAAACUGAGGCCCUGCCCUUAGUCGUGAGGAAGACACCCAGUGAGCACCACCACCAGUCCUCAGCUGUGGGUGCCCAUGGCGGGCACCACCACCCCGCCCUUCACCCCUCCUCGCUCUCUGCCUCCAUGGGCUUCAGCCCACCAUCCUUUAGACACCCCUUUCCACUGCCUCUUAUGAGCUACGCUUUCCAGAGUCCCCUUGGUGGGCCCACAGGUGGCUACCCAGGAAAGGACCGUUCCUCACCAGACUCCAUGGACCUGUCCCGGGAAACCACCAGCCUGAGGACCAAGAUGGCAUCAGGUCACCACCUGGGGCACCACCAUCGCUCCUGCUCCCCUGCGCACCCUGGCAGCACAGCCGAGGGACUCUCCCUGUCCCUCAUCAAGUCUGAGUGCGGUGAUCUACAGGACAUGGCUGACAUCUCACCCUACUCAGGCAGCAAUAUCCAAGAGGGUCUCUCUCCUAAUCAUCUGAAGAAGGCCAAGCUCAUGUUUUUCUACACCCGCUACCCAAGCUCUAAUAUGCUCAAGAUGUUCUUCUCUGAUGUCAAGUUUAAUCGCUGCAUAACCUCGCAGCUGAUCAAGUGGUUCAGCAACUUCAGGGAGUUCUACUACAUCCAGAUGGAGAAGUUUGCCCGCCAGUCCAUCAACGACGGAGUCACUGGGACUGAGGAGUUGAGCGUCAGCCGCGACUGCGAGCUCUUCCGAGCCCUUAACAUGCACUACAACAAGGCCAACGACUUUGAGGUCCCUGAUCGCUUCCUGGAGGUGGCUGAGAUCACACUGAGGGAGUUCUUCAAUGCCAUCGUGGCCGGCAAAGACGUGGACCCAUCCUGGAAGAAGGCCAUCUACAAGGUCAUCUGCAAACUGGACAGCGAGGUCCCCGAGGUCUUCAAGUCCCCCAACUGUCUCCAAGAGCUUCUACACGAGUAAAUUUCUCCUCCUCCUCCUCCUCCUCCUCCUCCUCCUCCUUUCUUCCUCCUCAAUCGACGCUUUGCGCUUUUUUAUUUUCUCUGAUUUCAUAGAAUUUCAAAAUGAUAUUCUCUUUUGUUUGUUUUUUUCCUUUUCCCUAAACUUUACUUUUGAUUUCCUGUUUUUUAUUUUCAAAUUUUUGAAUGUAUGAAAGUUAUGAAGUAGCAUUCCCAAUCUCAAGCCUCUGUGGCAGUUCCUAAAUGACCUAGCUAUUGUGUUGUUGUUCUUAUAUGAUAAUUAUCAUGAUGGUUAUUAUUUGUUUUGUUUUUCUAUGAUUCUGAACUGAAGAGACUCUAAUCUUAUUGGGUGUUUUUUGGACCGUGUGAACCCUCAUCCGUUUGGCCUGUUUUAUGAUCAACUAACUAAGUCCUCAGUGGGUGGAAGGAGUUUCCCCUUUACACUGCUAAGAACAUAGGCAGGGUUCCCUAAAGACUUUACUCAUGGCACCCAGGGGUGUCCAAAUGAACUGUCCCCAUGAAGUGCAAAGUGGGUGCCCAAUAGACUGUGCUACUGAAGAUGUCCCCAACAGGACAGUCUCUUCCACACACACACACACACACAGACACGCACACAAAAACAAGGCCUAGUGAGGUUAUUGACUGGACUAAGACUGGACUCGUGGUACUGGUCUGUACUAGUCUGUGGGACUUGGACUGGUUUCAAAUAGCUACUGAGCUCUACCAUGUUUUGAAGUGUGUUUUCCCUGCAAGUAGGGCAUUGUGUUUAUUGGCUGUACAUUAUUAUUUUGAUUAUUAUUAUUAUUAUUGUUGUUGUUUAUGAUUAUUAUUAUUUGUCAUCACUGCUUGCUGAAGAUUGGCACUUCAAGAUUUGUUUGUCCCUUGAUGCCGUUGCAGAAAAAUAAAUUAUUGCUAUUAAUAUUAUUCCAAAAGAGUUUAGAAAUAUUUUACCCCCAUUUCCCAUCCUUCUCCUCAUUCUUGUUUUUGUUUGUCCAUCUCUGAAGUGGACUGGUUUUGUUUGUUUUAUUUUUUUGGUGGUCGGGGUCUAGGGCAACUUGCCUGGAAAGUGUUUCGAAUUUGGGGUUUUAAUGCAGGGCCGUCAGAGUGGUCCUCUCUGUACGUCUGUAGUGACUAGCCUAUCCUGCACAGGACCAGCUGGAAAAGGAGUCAGGCUGCAGAAACACAUGAAGUAAACGGCGCAGAAGUAAAGAAAUAUGCACAAGUGUGGCCUUUUGGUGCGUGACUUGCUGUUUUUAAAACGGCUAAAUUUCCAUAGCCACUCCAGCUUUGAUAACUAAACUGCUCCCACUAAACGAGCCAUUUUGCUCAGCUAUCCAAAUAAAUCUUAUUCGUCUAAUUAUCUGUUCAGGAUUAGUGAACAUACACAGUAGUAAAUGCAUAGUUAUUUGUCUUUUUAUAGCACUGUUCACUGAAUAGCUCAUGUGUGAGAUGAAGUCAGCCUGUUUAUAUGGCAGGUUUGUAUUGUGAUUAGCCUAUACAAGGUGUAAAUUACAUUAUGAAGUUAUUUCAAUAGCAGUUGAUACUUGAAUAUAUCAGAAUACUGUGGCAAUCUAAAGUACAGUGUCGCUGAAACAUAUAGAUAAUGAAAUACAUACGAGUAGAAGCAUCACAGAGAGGAAGAUAAUUCAAGGAGGGCAAAAAGAGAGGUGAAUAUAAGCUGAAACACGGGCGUUCAUUAAUUCUGCUUCAAGUGGAACUUCCCCCGCAAACAACACACAUACAAGCACACACACACACACACACACACACACACACACACUGCUCCUUCCCUCCAUGCUCCAUGUUCACCUGCCUUUGAGUGAUCUAGCUCCUCUCUUACUGCAACAAUACAAGGUCAGAGGUGAGCACUCACCCCAGGGGUAGAUGGAGAAGCUCUCAGCACUACAAAGAGCGGGGACAAAGGCACAGAGCGAGGAGCAACACGCACCUGAAACCCUCUACUCUGUCCCUCCGUCCCAAACUGGCAGCUUUUAAGACCCAAAGUGAGAUUCUGUUGAAGCCACUGUGCCCAGUUUGUUAAACACCAUUCCUUUCACUUUUACCUGAGAUUCUAAUCCCAGAUUUUCCACUUGAGUUGUACGUGUAUAUCUAGUGUUUUAUCAAUUUUAUCCGCUCUCUCAGGCUUUUAACAAUUUUAAGAAGCAGUUAGUGUUAGCUGCCCUUUUGCUGAGGUAAGUUUGAAGCAAUGAGAGGACUUGAAUUCUUUCUGGAGUGCGUGCGAGCUAGCUGUUGAUCUCACCUUGGCGACAUUAGGUUAUAGUGUGUCUGUGUGUGUCACAAAAGAUCAAAAAGGAGCAGGUUGCUUAACCUGCUGACUUGUCUAAGCGAGACAAAGCGCCUGACAAAAGGAGGCAGAGAAAGACGGAGAGCUACUCCCUUCAUUAUGUACCCCCCCUUUCUUCCUCCCUGAACAGUGUUCUUCUUAAGAUCCGGAGCCCUGAGAGAGCAAGUCGGACACAUUUCUCACUAAAGGAUGGGCUAGGCCCUGCAUGUCUCAGAGUCUCAAAACACCAGCCAAGGGCUCUAAAGCACCACAAACAAAAGAGAGAGGAAAGGACACUUUUAUCUGAUGCACAGAUUAUUAUCGCUCUCCACCCUCCCCUUUCCUGCAACCCCGCCCUGAAGUUAAAGAGUUCCUGCGCCUAAAAAGAUUAAUUCAGGAUAAUGAAGACUUAUGUGCAAAAAAAAUGGAUUAGCAAGACCUUAAUACCGCGUUGAGAAUAUUUUUGUCAAGUUUUCCUUUUCUGGGUCGUUUGAUUUUAAGGAUAACAUUAUUGAAAUACAUAUAUAGCCUUUUUUAAGAAUUGUAAAAGAUAAAUCUAUGGGAAAAAAUAUAUACAGUAGUGGAAGUUCUUUGGAAGGCACUGUUAGAAAUUGUUUCAUAAAAGAAAGCUUGAGGGUAUUUUUAGUGACGGCUUUGUUUAAAUCUGUAUCUGAAUAAGUGAGUUGUUGGUAGUUUAGGAGCAAUAGUUGUAGGUUUUUUGCAGGUUUUGUGACCACUUUUCCUUUUGGUUUCUUUACCUUUUUGUAUUGUGCUGAAUGGCUGUCUUCUUGAGAUCAGAAAAAUAAACUUGGAAUAUGUUUUCAGAGUAUGAAAUAUUGCUGUUGCUACUGUAAAUACUGUCAGGAUGAAACAAAGAAUAGCUGUACAGUUUUUCUAUUAUCACUCAGAGUGCUAGAGAGGGGUGAGAGUGGUUAAAAAAAGAAGGGUGGAAACAAAAAAGAGGGACCCACUCUCUCCAACUGGACUCGUAACCACUCACAUAGGAGAGGUUUUGGUUGUUUUUUUUCCCCUGCCAUGCCUUUAACGGGGGUCUGUUUCCCGUCGGCAGUGCCCUUGAAGUUGCACCAGCAUCCGUUUCUUUAAUUUUUGCUGACAGAACGAUGCGUUAGGCUUGCGGUCGGGUAAUGAUGAUGUCACGGAGGGGCCCGUUGGCAGUCUGUGAACCCGGUCUCGUCCAAAAAACAAGGGCAGACUGCCGCCGACGUAGCUCUAGAUUUGACCCGGGAGAGAGACAGGAAUUAAUUGUCAUCCGAAGAGUAGUGUCAUGGAGGGGGCACAUGUUGUACAGUAAUAGUUUAAAAAGAGACUGCAGACAGAAAAAAAAGAAGUGAUUUAUACCCUUUUUUACCGGGUUCAAACAGUUGGAAAAAGUUUGGACUUUCUGUGGAAUUUUCUGUAGGCUUUGCAUUUUGUGUGUGUGUGUGUGUGUGUGUGUGUGUGUGUGUGUGUGUGCGCGCGUGUGCGUGUAGAUGUAUAUGAGUGUGUGUCUGUGUGAGAGAAAAGACCGAUUAUGAGAACCUGUGAACCAGUGAGUGACACAAUUCUCAACACUGUGGACCCUCCCCCACCCCUGGGAGUACCAUCCUGACAUGUAAAUGAUUCUCAUUAAGCAUUGGCAAAGUGUGUGUGUGUGUGUGUGUGUGUGUGUGUGUGUGUGUGUGUGUGUGUGUGUGUGUGUGUGUGUGUUGUGUGUGUGUGCGUGUUGCGAUAAUUUCCUCUGAUCUGUUUUCUGACCUGUUUGAAAGGGGUUUUUGUUUCACGAUGCUUUCAGUAGUAAUUCUUUUUUUAUUAUUAUUACAUUGCUUCUCUUUUUUUGUAAAUAUCAAUGAUGUGGACUUACAGUGAUAAAAACUGCCUUUGUGUAACUUAGCAAUAUGUUAUGUAAAUAGUGUUUUGUUGAUGCUUUUUGUAUGACAUUAUUAUUCGAUUCUAGUGCAGUAAUUCCAACUGGAACAGCCAUGUUUCAAAUACAGUCUGAACAGUUACACACAGGUUGUAAAAUAAAACUCGUGACAUGGCUGCUUUUUUUCUGUUAUUGGUGUCUAUUUGUCUUGCCGAUUUUGUGUAAUUUAUUGGUUUAAUUUAUCCUAAUUUAUUUGAUGUUAUUUUCUUUUGUUUUUCAAACAGGGAAGGCUGUACUGCAUUUCAUUGAGUAGAACCCACUUAAAAGAUUUUAAUCCUUAUCUACUGAAAAUUUUAAAAAAUUAGUAUGCUAGCGUACUCGUUCAAUUGAGAAAAAUGAUAAACUGGAGAUCUUGGCAGCUAAAUGGAACUGAACAGUUAAAAAAAAAAAGGUUGAUAUGUUUUGUUCCAGGACAGGGCCGAGGGUGGGCCAGAAAGCUGAAACUAGUUUGAAGCAGUUUUGUAUUUUCUCUUGAGAUUUUUCCCCUGUAUUGCUUUGGCCCAGCCCAAAAACAACCAGUAGUCAAAUUGCCUUUCGUGCCUUCACCCUCUAUGAACUGAAUGUAUGUGCAGUAUAUAUGCAAGCUUGUGCAAAAUGAAUAAAAAAUGGAAAUAAAAAUGAAAAAGAGUAGAAAA